UAUACACACUUGUUCAUAUGUGACCCAAAAUCAUAAUAAAAAACCAAUUCACAAAGUUCCUGAAAAUUUAACAAUCUGAUCCUGCAAGCCAGUACAAGCUAGCUGCUACAUAUCAUUCUCCAUGAUACACUCCAAACAUAGGCUUGGCAUUCAAAGCCAUUCAAGUCCGACUGCACAGCUUAUAGUUUCCUGAAUAGACCAAGCUAUUUCUCCCCUCUGGUAUGAAGCUUGCUCCCUCUGUCCUGAAUGUGCUUCCUGAAUGUGUUUUUGCUGUCUCCCACCAUUCACAACUACUCAUCUUUCAACUCAGUCCAGGGGCUGCUUUCAGGAGAGGGCCCUGCCCUCUGGAAAAGCUGAUCAGUCAUCCCUUUGUGCUUCCAUUUCUCUAUGAGGACACUGAAACAUUCUUCACUAUGGCUUUGCUGUGGUCUUGUCCCACUAGACUGCAGAUUACUAGAGAUCCUAGGCUGUCUUCACUGAUCUCCAAAUUCUAGGUGUGAAGUAUAUGGCGUGGCGCUUAGUGCUACUAUCAUUUGAUGACCUAUAAAUGAAUAAAUAAUAUGUAACCAAAGAGUGGUGUCUAUUACUAUCUUACUGUUUUUCUCUGGGAAGACAGGUGGUGGCUGAUGUAAGUGGCUGCAUUCAAGCUGGGGUCUAAGGGAUGGGCCUUCCAGAAAGAAGGAAUUGUAUUUCUUUUCCUUUAUUGGACAUUGGCUUGCGUUAUAAAUGUUUUAUCACUGUGUGUGGCCUUUUGGGUGGCUUGGAAGUAUUUGGAAGAAGGCUUCAAAUGUUACUAUUAACCUAAGGCUUAAAAAAAUGCUUUUUGAGGAAAUAUUCCAUUUUGAAAACCAUACUUGGUGCCUAGUGCUGAUUUUUUUUUUUUUUAAGUAAUAUUCCAUUUUGAAAAGUGGUAAUAGAUUUGAACAUACCUGGUGCUGGUAGGAUUUUAGUGAACUUCACAGAGCAAUGGAGUUUAUUUCCCUGGAGCAAAAACUGUUCUUUUGUUGUAUAAUUCAGGGAUAAUCACUUUUGCUUUGUAAUGCAGAGCAAAACAGUUGGAUUAACAGUUGUUCAAGAAAAACUCAAAUGCUAUUAUGGUGAGUAAUGGAAACAUUCCAUUUGUUAAGCAAACCAUAAUAUUGAACUGUUCUUACAAAUGUGAUGUAAUUUCUAAUUGUUGCUCAGCGAGACUGAAGAUAAUUCAGAGGCAAAUAGUGUUAACGCUUUACUUCUAACCCGUCUCUUUUUAUUAUGAUUUCAAACUCCUAAAACAUUCAUAUAUAUAGAUAUACAUACCUUAGAUAUGUGUGCACACACACACAACCUCUACCAAACCCUUGUCUAUUGAAAUCUGUCUACCCUUGUAAGACCUCUUGAAAAUGUCCACUUCUUUACAUUUUUUUUCAUUAGCUUAUUUCUCUUUAAAUCAUCUUGUGCAUUUUUAGACAAUGCUCUUAUGCGUGUGUGCGUGUGCGCGAGCUUGCGCACGCGCAUGCGUGUAAAAAGGUGGGUCAGUUCUGGGGUCAAAUCUAGUUCUGUUUUAUGAGGACUUAGGUUUUUGGGUUUUUUUUCACUCCUAGAAUGUGCUAAUGUGAGAUGUGCCAUUGUUUGGUUUUAUUUUGUAACCCGUUGAACCCACUGUGCUCAGGUGCUGUGGAUUCAGGGCAGAAGUUCCGGUUGUCCUCCAAUACUCUGUUUUUCUUCACUAUUACUAGAAUUUCAGCUAGGCACACGGUUGUCCUGAAUAGAUUACUCUACUUGAUCAAUUUUAUAAACCGCUAAGAAAUAAUACCUAAGACGGGGAAUCCAACAGCUCACGACUGCAUUAAAAUGGGAUACCAAGAUUUGGGAGAAGAAACUGAGAGACUUACUUUAUUCCAAGGAAAAUUCUGGAAGCCCAUUUAGGAGUGAUUUAAUACUGAAGUUCUAAGUGUUGGUUACAAAUCCAGCCUCGACGUUUCUCAAAGUUGUACGAAGCACUCAAGUGUGAGUUGGGCGUCUUUGCAGAGCGCUUCACCUCAGGUGAAACAAAUCCUGAGACGGCGCAAGCCGCACCCGCAGGCAGACCCGCCCAGGCGGCCGCUCUGGGCUGCGCAGGAAAACGCGGGGCAAGCGGCCCCGAGACCGCCCGGAACAGAGAGCCACAGAGCGGCCCGACCGAGCCUUCCCGCCCACGCGCUGCGCCCCCCCCCCCCCCCCCCGGGGGGCGCACAUGGAUCCCGCCCGAAGCAGCCCGGGUCGCCGGGCGGCGGCGCGAGAGCUACUGCGAGGGGCGGCCGCGGCCGCGAAGGGCCUUCGGGAAGAUCUGAGGGGCGCGGUGGUCCGACCCUGGAUCCCGAAGCAUGAGGGGCCCCGAGAGGAGGCGGCGGCGGGACACGAGAUCCUACUGCCAAAUGAGAGAAGCUUUCAGAAUGCUGCGAAAAGCAAUAAUUUGGAUCUUAUGGAGAAGCUGUUUGAAAAGAAGGUUAACAUUAAUGCUGUGAACAAUAUGAACCGCACAGCCCUGCAUUUUGCGGUGGGGGCAAAUCAUUUAUCCUCGGUGGAUUUCUUGCUUAAUCGCAAGGCCAGGGUGGAUGUUGCUGAUAAGCACGGCUUGACAGUAAUUCACCUUGCAGCCUGGUCUGGAAGUCUUGAGAUCAUGCUCAUGCUGGUUAGAGCUGGAGCAGACCAGAGAGCCAAGAAUCAGGAUGGAAUGAAUGCCCUCCACUUUGCAGCUCAGAACAAUAAUGUACGCAUUGUGGAGUACCUCAUUCAAGAUCUGCACUUGAAGGACCUGAACCAGCCCGAUGAGAAAGGAAGAAAACCAUUUCUUUGGGCAGCUGAGAGGGGCCACAUUGAAAUGAUAGAAAAACUUAUCUUCCUUAAUCUACAUACUUCAGAAAAAGACAAGGAGGGAAAUACUGCCCUGCACCUUGCAGCAAAGCAUGGUCACAGUCCUGCGGUCCAUGUGCUGCUAACCCAGCAGCAAGAAAUAAAUGAGAUCAAUGAGAAUGGAGAAACACCAUUCUUUCUGGCUGUUAAAGGAGGUCAUGAAGAAUGCAGCAAAGUGCUCCUGACAGCAGGAAGUGAUAUCAACAUUCCAAAUAAGCUCAACAUCAGUGCUUUGCAGAUAGCAACCCAGAACGGCCACACAUCCCUUGUGAGCUGUCUUCUCAGUAAGCAUGUUGACCUGUACCAGAAAGUGGAACCGAAGGAGUCCCCUCUUCAUUUAGCUGUUAUCCACAACCAUAUCACAGUUGUAAAGAGCUUACUAAGUGCACAGCAUGACAUUAACAUCUUAAAUCAGAGGCAGCAGACUCCUUUGCACCUAGCUGCUGAUCUUGGCCAUGUGGAACUGGUGGACACUUUGCUGAAGGCAGGCUGUGACCUGAAGGUCGUUGAUAAGCAAGGGAAGACUGCCCUGGCCAUGGCCUCCAGAAGCAACCACAGCCUUGUAGUGGACAUGAUCAUUAAAGCAGAGAGAUACUACGCCUGGAGAGAGGAGCAUGGUGAGAGCAUCAAGGACUCAUCAACCAGCUUUACUUUGACAUUCAAACAAGAUCACAGUCUGGAGACCAGGCAUAUUCGCAGUCUCCUCUGGAACCUGGCUUACCAUCAGCUAAAGGCCAAUGAGUGGCAGAAGCUUGCCCGUUCCUGGAACUUUACAGAUGACCAGAUCAGAGCCAUCGAGGAGCAGUGGUCAGGAAAGGGAAGUUUCCGUGAACACGGCCACAGGGCUUUGCUCAUCUGGCUGCACGGGACCCUGAUGACACAGGCCACUCCAGUCAAGCAUCUGUAUGAAGAGCUGGUACGUGCAGGUUUCCCAGAACUAGCUGAAAAGAUUCGUCAAUUCAAAAAUGAAACUGAUGGGAGGUCCAAGAAAUGUGCAGUUUCAUAAAUGCCUAAAGAAAUUGUAUUUAAUUGGUUUUCCACUCAGCAUUGCCUUUACAUUCAGUUCUUUAAUGCCAUAAAAUUCUAGCAGUAUUGACUGUCCUUUCAACUAUGAAGAUGGUGGUGACAGAUGAAAAAAUGGUAUUAGUA